AUGGAAGACAAGUCUAACUCGUUCUCCAGCAACAAGGAGGAGAAGGCGGAUGGGAAUAAUGUUUUUCAGAGGCAAGACUCGAUACAGAAAAAUAACACGGGGAGCCAGAACAUGAAGGACCAUGGCAACUCCGUGGGCUUCAAGGGGGAGCGGGAGGAGGCCAUGGUCGGUUUUGACGAUCUGGAGGGGGCGUCCAGGCAAUAUGGUUUUAUGCAGAGGCAAUUUGGGGCCAUGAUGCAGCCCGGAGUCAAUAAGUUCUCCUUGCGUAUGUUCGGCAGUCAGAAAGCCGUGGAGAAAGAGCAAGAGAGGGUUCAAACGGCCGGAUACUGGAUCAUUCACCCAUAUAGCGAUUUUAGGUUCUACUGGGACUUGAUAAUGCUCAUCAUGAUGAUGGGGAAUCUAAUCAUCAUUCCUGUGGGAAUAACCUUCUUCUCAGAGCAGACUACCACCACCUGGCUGGUCUUCAACGUGGCUUCGGACACCAUCUUCCUGGUGGACCUGGUCAUGAACUUCAGGACGGGGAUCGUCAACGAGGAGAGCUCCGAGAUCAUCCUCGACCCCAAGGUCAUCAAGAUGAAUUACCUGAAGAGCUGGUUCGUCGUGGACUUCCUCUCCUCCAUUCCAGUGGAUUAUAUCUUUUUAAUAGUGGAGAAAGGCUUUGACUCGGAGGUUUAUAAAACGGCCCGUGCCCUGCGAAUCGUCCGCUUCACCAAGAUCCUCAGUCUUCUGCGUCUGUUAAGACUCUCCCGACUCAUCAGAUACAUACAUCAGUGGGAGGAGAUUUUCCAUAUGACCUAUGACCUGGCUAGUGCAGUGGUAAGAAUAUUUAAUUUGAUAGGGAUGAUGCUGCUUCUGUGUCACUGGGAUGGCUGUCUCCAGUAUCUGGUGCCUCUCCUCCAAGACUUCCCCCCUGACUGCUGGGUGUCCCUAAACGGUAUGGUUAACGUUUCCUGGGGUAAGCAGUACUCUUACGCCCUCUUCAAAGCCAUGAGCCACAUGCUGUGCAUCGGGUAUGGCGCCCGGGCACCCGUCAGCAUGUCUGACCUGUGGAUCACCAUGCUGAGUAUGAUUGUAGGCGCCACGUGCUACGCUAUGUUUGUGGGCCACGCUACAGCUCUAAUCCAAUCACUGGACUCCUCACGCAGGCAGUACCAAGAAAAGUAUAAGCAAGUGGAGCAAUACAUGUCCUUCCACAAGCUUCCAGCAGACAUGCGGCAGAAAAUCCACGACUACUACGAACACCGCUACCAAGGCAAAAUCUUCGACGAGGACAACAUCCUGAGCGAACUCAAUGACCCGCUCAAAGAGGAAAUCGUCAACUUCAAUUGCCGGAAGCUUGUGGCCACCAUGCCCCUGUUUGCCAACGCCGACCCCAACUUCGUGACGGGGAUGCUGAGCAAGUUGAAGUUUGAGGUUUUUCAGCCCAAUGACUACAUUAUCAGAGAAGGCACAGUGGGGAAGAAGAUGUACUUCAUUCAGCACGGUGUUGCGAGCGUCAUCACCAAGUUCAACAAGGAGAUGAAGCUGACCGACGGAUCCUACUUUGGAGAGAUCUGUCUGCUCACCAAGGGCAGACGAACGGCCAGCGUGCGCGCAGACACCUACUGUCGACUCUUCUCCCUCUCUGUUGACCAUUUUAAUGAGGUGCUAGAAGAGUACCCCAUGAUGCGACGAGCUUUCGAAACUGUUGCCAUUGACCGAUUGGAUCGUAUCGGGAAGAAGAACUCCUUGCUGCUGCAGAAGUUCCAGAAGGAUCUGAACGCCGGCGUUUUCAACACGCAGGAGAACGAGAUAUUGAAGCAGAUUAUCCGUCAGGACAGGGAGAUGGUGAUGAUGGUGGACCGCAAGCAGUCAGUCACCGGGAUGAACUCAACACCAAUGUCAGGAAACUCCAUCAUUAACUCACCAGCCCAGCCGCCCUUCUCCACUGCCUUCGGCACCAAUCAGCUUCAGCAGUCCUCCGUCCCUAUGACCUACAGUGCUUCAGCGAUUGCUAACGCCUCUGCUGCCCGCAUGCUGCCAGCCGCUGCAGCUGCUGCUGCUGCUGCAGCGCAGGGGGUUUACCCAGCUCCUAGUCUUUCUCACGGCAACCUGAAUGCCUCGUCCACCAACCCACAGACCCCACUCCAGCAGCAGGGAGCCAUCAUGUCGCCCUGCUCCUUCACGGCUGCCAUGUGCAGUCCGCCAGUUCAGACCCCUUUGGCUAACCGGAGCUUCCAGUACGGCUCACCCACAGCCUCCCAGCUGUCACUUAUCCAGCAGCCCAUUGCCCAACCAUCUCUAGCCACACAGCAACAGCUUGCUCAGCAACCUGCUGUGUCACCUGCAGCUGCAGCCUCCGCAGCACAGCAGCAGCAGCAGUCACCUCAGCAGCAGCAGGUCCCGUCACCUCAGCGAGGAGACAUCCACAAGAGCACACAGGCUCUUCAGUCAGGCAGCUUGAGUCGAGAUGUCCGACACCUAUCGGCCUCCCAACCGUCACUGCCACAUGACACAUCGCUGGGGCCCAGAGCGCAUCCAACCUCAGGAGACUCUCUGGCCUCCAUCGUGCCACCAUCAGCGGCGGCCAUGCAGGGAAUGAAUCUACAGAGUGGCAUCCGCACUACGGUGCCGCAGCGGGUCAAUUUGUUCCGCCAAAUGUCGUCAGGAGCUUUGCCCCCGGUGCGCUCGGCCGCAGCAGCGGCGGCGGCGGCGGCGGCAGUGGCAGCAGCGUCGUCAUCCUCAACCCAGCACAGAGAAUCCCCCGGAUCGAGGAGAGAUUCUGUCCUGAGCAGUACAGAGACUGAGCAAGACAAAAUGCGUUUUGCAUCAAAUUUAUGA